UCAUUUCAACCAACCGCAAUCUUUCACAUCCGCUCUCGUCCUCUUUUCCCCUCUGCGACCCGACAUACAUUCAAAAUCAUCGCCGUCUCCCGCCUUUCAGUAUGAAAUCUGCGAAACCCCCUCCCAUGGACGGCUCAUCCGGCCGCAGGGCGCAACCCGUUCGACAGACGAGGACAAAUCCGCCGCGUGUCUCUAACUUUCGAGGAACCGUCAACGGACGCGAACCACUUGCCAGCGGGCCGGCCCCCGACCACCCCAUCGAGAUCUUCCCGGCUAUAACACACUUCGCCGAUGCGAUAACCGCCUUACCCAAAGAGCUCGUCCGACAUUUCACCCUGCUCAAGGAGGUCGAUGCCAAAAUCUUCGUCCCCGAGGAGGAUCUCUUCCAACUCGUCGACGCUGCUAUGAACGCGCCUCCUGCGCAGCAACAACCGCCCAACGAAAUGUUCUCCCUCGGCGCCCCUGCGUCGGUGCCAAUGAGCGCGCAGAAUAGCUCGAGCAGCGCCGGUCCCAGUAGCCUUACACACGCAGGGCAGUCUACAAGGGGCUCUCAGGCUCCCUCCGCUUCCGACCCCCAUCACGACGUUCGACGGCAAUUCUAUCAGCAAACCGCAUACAAGAUCCAAGAGAUGCUCGGGUCACUGGAAGAGAAGAACCACGUAAUCUCGAGUGCCAACGACGCUCUCCAAAAACAACUCGCUCGCAUUGACGAAGUCUGGCCCUACGUCGAGAACGAGUUCAGCGAGGAGGCGAAGUGGGGUAGUACAACGCACUGGGCGUAUCCCGAGAACAGGGUUGGAAGCAAAGCUGCCCAGGCCGAACGGACAAGGCGUGAAGGUGCUGCUGCCAUCUCUGCCGCUGCCCAAGUAUUGGCCGAAGAGGCCGCUGCACGGACCGACGCGAAGAAGCAUGCAACACACGCGAAGCGAAGCCACAAAACACCACAUCAAGAGUCGGAUUUCGACGAUCACAAAGCAGACUCCAGCAAGAAGGGCUCGAAUAAGGUGCGGAGGGCCGUCGAAGCCCCCAGCAGCGUGGGAUUAGGCAUCACGACCAACGGCACAAGCAAUGGCAACCCUCCACAGCCUAAGCGGCGCAAGGUGGAAAAACCGGCCCCCGACAAUGCACCCCCCGAGCGAGCCAUGGCCAGCGUCUUCGGAAACGACGCGUCCAAGGCAAAGACAUCCAGUCCUAGCGCAACCCCAGUCCCAGAAGUACCCAAGAAAAGAAAGGCGCUGCCCAGCGGCAGCGGUCAGUCGAAGAAGAGGAACGGCGCCGGCGCCCAAUCCCCUUCCCUCGCAUCGUCUCCUGUCAUUGGCGUGUUGCCCGACCCCAAGUUGCCUCGCGGUUCGCCUGCUCCUCCUGUGAAACCAGCAACAGCCUCUCGAGCGAGGCAAAACUCCCUUCAGUCGGCGGCGGACAACUCCAAACUCAGACCGUCUUCGUCUGCUUCCAAUAAGCCCAACGGCGCCGUGCCGGGUACACCAGACCUAGCGGGUCCGACAAGCGCAGCGAGCGCAGAGCAGAAGGCGAACAAGGAUCCACCUGCGCCGACUAAGCCGGAGCCGGCAGGGAAGGAACCUGAGCCGGCCGAAGCGGGCACCGCAGUGCACUCGGCGCCGAACAAGAAAGAAGCGCCGAAGCCCGAGGACGGAGAGCGCAAGAGUGAGCCGGCGGCCCCGCCUGCCAGCGCUCCGACCGUGAUCAAGAGCGGGCGAGCCAGCAAACUAUCCACCCCGGCGCUGGCCACCUUCCAGGAGGCUGCGGCGGCACGGUCGAGAGCGGCCCGCAACUUGGAGAACAAGGACGCGAACAAGAAGAAGAAGACCGCGACGACGUCGUCCACAAACACAAACUCGAACUCAAACCAACCCCCAGCGGGCAAGACGGGGGACGAGGCCACAACGGGCAGCGUGCAGGGAGAUGACGAGGAAGCGGAAAUCGACGCGGAUGAACCGCUAUACUGCUAUUGCAAUAGCGUUAGCUACGGCGAAAUGGUGGCAUGCGACGCGGACGAUUGUGAGCGCGAAUGGUUUCAUCUCGAGUGCGUGGGGCUCAAAGUUGCACCCAAAGGAAAUGGUGAGUUCCCUUUUUUCUUUUCUUUUCUUCCCUGGUUUUUUGUUCCCUAGAUUUCCACGAGACAUGAAAGGCGAGGGUUUCGGCUAAUACAAUA